AUGACAGUCUUUGACAUCCAAUGGGGUUAUUACAAUCUCCAAAUGGCUGAAGAAGAUAUUUGGAAAACCGCAUUUCUUACAGAUAAAGUAUACUUCGACGACAUCAUUGUAUACUCCAAGGACCCCAAUGAACACGAAGGACACGUACAACAAGUUAUGACAAAACUUAUGGAAGCCGGACUUACGCUCAAGAUCAAGAAAUGUGAAUUCGACACGACAACAGUCAACUACUUAGGAAUGAUUUACAUACCGGAAGGAUUAAAGAUUCAACCAGAAAAAGUGGAUGCUAUUACGAAUUGGCCAACGCCAGCCAACAUCAAGGAAGUACAAGGAUUUUUAGGAGCUACUGGAUAUGUCAGACGCUACAUUCGGAAUUACUCUGAACAUAGCCAACCCAUGACAGAACUCCUAAAGAAAGAUGAAGAAUUCGUAUGGAACGACAGACGACAAAAAGCAUUCGACAAGCUAAAACAACUGGUUACCGAAGCACCAAUCCUAGCACUGGAUGACCCAGAAAAACGAAAGAUUAUCAGACCAGACGCAUCAGGAUACGCACUUGGAAUUGCACUCAAAUAA